GAGCCAGAUUAACGCUCCGUGUUUGUCAGGAGUCCACACUCGCAGAAACAGCAGAAACAUCGUCUCUAACAUACACUGGAUGUGGCGGUCCGAGCACCAAGGACGCCAAGUAUUCCACCUUUUUUUUUUUUUUUUUUAGCACGUUGUAGCUUUGAGUAAUUCAUUUCUUUCUUUUGGUGGCAUUCAUAAAAUAACGUGAACAUCGCAGCAGGAUCAACGAUGAUUUCUCCGUGGGACCGGUGGUACUCGACGAGCUGCUGCCUGUGCUGCCAUGUACGGACAGGCACCAUUAUUCUGGGGAUAUGGUACAUGCUCAUCAAUGCGGUGGUCCUACUCAUCUUGCUGUCGGCUCUCAAUGACCCGGUUCAAUACCGGUACCACCUCACCAGCACUGAGCUGGGAACUGACAUCGAUGUCAUGGACGAUGCAAAUAUCUGCAUAGCCACUGCAAUAUCCCUGCUCAUGAUUCUUAUAUGUGGCAUGGCAACAUAUGGUGCUUACAAGCAACAUGCGGCUUGGAUCAUUCCAUUCUUCUGCUACCAAAUCUUUGACUUUGCCCUGAACACACUGGUAGCCAUAAGUGUGGUUGUUUAUCCCAACACGGUGCAGGACUACCUCCAGCAGCUGCCGGGGACAUUCCCUUACAAAGAGGACAUCAUGUCCACCAACAACAUGUGCCUCAUUUUUGUAGUCCUCCUCUUCAUUGGCUGCAUCCUCUCCUUCAAGGCCUACCUGAUUGGCUGUGUGUGGAACUGCUACAGAUACGUGAGCGGCCGGGGCACCACGGAAGUCCUGGUUUACGUCACCACCAAUGACACCGCGCUCAAUGAGUUGAUACCUCUAAAUGUACAAGGUUCUGCUACCACCGUACGAGGAGGCCUUUGCCAUACCGCCGAAGGAGCCCCCUCCCCAGUAUAUGGAGGCAUGAGUGACGUCCUCGCAAGACCCCAGCGCUGGCUGGAACAUGCUGAAAACGAGACAAAAGUCUUAGAGGCUGGUUUCAGCUUGGAUUCCUGCCAACCUUUGAUUAGAUUAGGGUGACCCUGAGCCAGUAUUAUCAUCAACCGUUCCCCUCCACCACCAACACUCUGGUCGUUGUGACGUAUUUUCCUCGCCUCUCGUCUCCUCUGUCCUACUCGAGGACAGUAUCGCAGCAACUCCAACCGCUACCGACGCUCCCUCUCUUGGCAGCUGCCGUCCCCUGGCAGCAUGUCAACUCUUGCACCCCCCCUGAACACUCUGUCCCAACGUAAUUUGCACUUUUCUUUGAGUGAAACGUGCACCGGUUUGGCCACCAACUGUUAAUCCCCCAAUACUGUGAAUCUCCCUCGCGGUCUUUGUCUAGAAACUACCUGGAGAGAGAGAAAGUGACAGAGAGAGGGAGAGGGAAAGCGACAUACAUGAUCAGUUAUGCAAGAGCACUUUUUUCAGAAAUUGACAAAUUCCUUCGUUGAAUGUAAUGUCGAGGUAUUUUUGUAUGACAUUUUUGUAUAACAGUAAAAAAAACGGAGAGAAAAGGGAGUGAGUAGUGAAAGGCUUUCCUCUUGUGAUAUCAUACGUGUACUGCUGUCGCUUGUCCGGCAGGAAAUCGUUUUGUAAAAAGGUUUCUCGACCAGUAUCAACACCGUCUUCCUUUUCUAUCCAUGUAACUCACUGUCUGUGAACCUGUAACCCACUGACUGCCAGUGAAAAUCCUUCUUCAUCCAUUGAUUCUCAAUCAAAAUAUUCCAGUUUGCCUUCCUGUCCAUUUCCUGUCCGUUCCGAGAUCUCGAAAGCUGAGAAAGACAUCAGUGUAAUUUGAAGCACACAAACAUAAAUGUUUCUCACGCGACAGACUCGCACCCAAAAAGGCAAUACACAUACUGUAAAAUCUAACAUGUGCAAACAUGAGUGUGUUAAAAUGUCUGUCUUGUGUUCCCAUCGAGCUGCUCUAUUGUGUGUGUGUUUUUUUUUUUUUUUUUACAUGGAUCAUGGUGUAUAAUCUGAUCUUUUUAGUUGAGCUAACUUAGCUGGACUGAGGGCAUUUUCCUAUGAAGGCGGCGCAACAUGCUGGCUGUACAUGCAGAGACCGUUUAUGUGUUUGCCUGAGUGCUAUGUGUGACGUUAUGAUGUAACUCCUUGUACCUUUUAUAUGUAGUAACAUUUCCUUUGCACAUGCAGUGAUGUAGUGUUGUUGACAUAUUUCCUGCGCUGGUGAUUUUUUUUGAAAUUAACGAUGGAUGGAAAUCUAAAGCACUGAUUUAGCUUAGCGUAGUAGCACAAAAUCAAUAUACAAUAUAUGAAGCUAGAUGCUUGUCUUUUGCCUAGAAAUAUUCAGACAAUUAUCAGAAAUAAUAAUGGAACAAACGAUAUUAGAUAAACCUAAUCCAAUUCUUUCCAAUAAUUCCUGCGUAGUAUGUGCUGUCGACUUCAGACUAUGCAUUCAACAGCUGAUACUAAUACUGUAGUUCAUAAUGUAGCCAGACAUUUGUUGGCCCUUUUGUCAUUUUCCCUUUGUGAAUUUUGACCACUGCUUUUGCAAAUCCAACAAAGCUGAACAUUAAAUUGCACUUUAAAGUCAGCGUGAGCUCAGUGGGAACUGAUGUGUUUUUGUUUGUGUUCACCUUUACCACAGUAUGCUGUAGAUAAGUGGUUCUAAAUAUGACCGGCCACCCUCUUCUGGACGGUACAAGCUUCUAAAACACGACAUCAGUCUAUGUUGGCAUUGUGUGAUGUGACCGAAAAGCUGCCGAUUGUAAAGUGACUGAAGGAGGAUUUCAGCUGCAGGGUUUAGAGAAGAGGCUUGUACAGUAUCUGGACCAGUGGAUGGCUGAUGUGUCUCAUUUUAUUAGAAUCGCUUCAUUGCUCCAUUGCUUUCCAUUCACACACAUCCUCUUGUUGGAUCUGCAUGAGCUCAUGUCUUCAAUUGUCAAUAAUAAAAAGCAAAAUCAGCC